UAGAAAAAGGUUGCGCCUUUAUUAGCGAGUUGAGCUUUCUCUGGUUUGGAGCUGAAGAAAAAGCUGCUGUUGUCGCCACCGCGAGCGAUUUGCAGACCAAAGUUCCGGCCUUUUGAGUUCUACUGAGUAGCCGCCGACGUCGCCGCCAUGACGUCUGAGUUCCCAGGGCGUGACGAUCCCCGGGGAGCUUUAAGGUUCGGGGUCGAAUCCACCGGCGGGCUCUUCAAGAGGUCACUGAUGACGGAGCAGGAGGCGCAAAACCCUGUCUUUGUUCGGUCAGUAAAGCAAAAGAAUCAUCUUGAGCUGCCAAUUUCUGCUCUUUCACCAACUUCUUCGAUUCAGUCAUCUUUGUCGUCUGCCUCUAUUCCGCUUCGAGGGCAGGGAAAUUUAAAGUUCACAUCUUGGUCGUUUCCGGCGUCAGCCUCGGUGGAGCUGGAGAAGAAAUCUACGAUCACGAAUCUACUUCUGCAACUUGAAAGGCAGCUCCUUGAUGAUGAGGAUGACGAGUUGAGUGUCUCUGAUGGCUCUGCGGUCACGAACAGCGAGUGGAGCGAAACGAUGCAGAAGCUCAUCUUCCCGCAAAAGCCUCUAUCUAAUUCUCCAACCUCCUCGUCUUCUUCGUCCUCGUCCUCUUCGAGCGCUUCAACAAGACAGAUGCUCCUCGACACCGCCACGGCUAUUUCAGCAGGGAAUCUUGACACCGCCGCGGCAAAUAUCGCUCUUUUGAAGGGUGCGGCGAACAAACUCGGAAAUCCAGAACAGAGGCUCACGGCCAUGAUGGUGACCGCUCUCGCUUUGCGCAUCAACCCCCGAGAUCCGGCGACUAUCGCUGUAACAUCAGAUAUAUUCACACCUGAGCACCUGACCUCUUCCCAAAUGCUCUACGAAGCUGCUCCUUGUUUCAAACUUGCGCUCAUGACGGCGAAUCUAGCCAUUAUCGAAGCAACGAAAGACCAUCCCAAGAUCCACAUCAUCGAUUUCGACGUCGGCCAAGGCUUGCAGUUGGCUUCUCUUCACUCCCUUGCCGAACGCCAUCGCCAUAUCUCCGUUAAAAUCACAGCUUUUUGCGACCCAACCUUCCCCUUCAACUCCCUCGUCGGCAAUCUAAACCUCGUCGGCGACCAGCUGGCGAAGCUCGCGGAGGGUUUAGGUAUCGGGCUCCGGUUCAGCAUCGUGAACCGCAGAACUACUGAACUCGACCGGGCUGCGUUGGACUGCGGAACAGACGAAGCCCUGGUGGUCAACUUCGCCUUUCUUCUCUCCCGCAUCGCCGACGAGAGCGUAUCACCGGCGAACCCUCGUGACGAGCUUCUCCGGCGAGUGAAGGCCCUCGGGCCAAAGGUGGUCACUCUAGUCGAGCAAGAAAUGAACGGCAACACGGCGCCGUUCGCAACUAGAUUCGCGGAAGCCUGCGCGCAUUACGGAGCGUUGUUGGAGUCAAUGGAGGCGAUCAUCGUGGGCCAGGAGAGUAACGAGCGGGCCCGGGUGGAGGCCUGCCUGGCCCGGAAGGCUUGUAACUCGGUGGCCUGGGAAGGAGCGGACCGGGUUGAGCGAUGCGAAGUGUACGGCAAAUGGAAGGCACGAUUAGGAAUGGCGGGGUUCAAACCGGUUCAGCUUGGGCCGGGGGUGGUGGAGACCGUUAAGCUCCGGCUCGCUUCGCUCGGUAAUAAUCCCGGGUUUAUGGUAAAGGAGGAGGAUGGGCGGGUCGCCUGCGGUUGGAUGGGCCGAGUUAUCAAUGUCGCCUCUGCCUGGCAUUGAAGCUGCAGAUCACUUUUCUACUAUCUUUACCCACUUCUUCGUCA